AUGUUUCCAAAACGUUCACACAUUCUCGCGCCUUUGACUGCACGUAUUGGACACAACAAGAAGAAAUUAGAUUGGACACCCAAAUGUCAAAAGGCCUUUGACCACAUCAAAGCUGUGCUCUCAAAGGAUGCAUUUCUGGCCUAUCCAGACUAUAAUCAACCUUUUCACGUCUACUGUGACGCUAGCAACUAUCAACUGGGUGCCGCUCUUUUUCAGAACAGCAAACCUGUUGCCUAUUACUCUUGAGAACACAACACUCUUGCUGAUGCCCUUUCUUGCCUAACUAUGACACCUCCUCGGUGGCACUAUGACAACCCUAAGGAUCCUAUUGACUUAUACCGUCGACCAAUUGGAGCCUACCAAGAGUAUGCCCCUCUCAUUGAAACAACAUCCAAUGUUGACCUAUCAUCAAAUGAUAACAGAACCACAGCAUCCAAUGCUAACAUAUCAUCCCAUGAUACUAUAAAUUCAUUUUAUUCUAUGGCCACUGAUUUGCAAUUACUCAAUUGCUUCGUUCACCUGCCUGUUCAGGAUAGCUUACCUUUUGUUUUUGAUUUCAAGUCUAUCGCUGAUGCUCAAACUCAGGACGCUGAGCUUACCGAGCUGACGCAAACCAAACCUCAACAGUAUGUCCAAUAUACCUUUGCACAAGACACCCAGGUGUAUUGUUAUGUGAGAGAUGCCAAUUCUCCAUUGAAGAUCUAUCUCCCAACACAAUUCUUACAACCCACCAUCCAAUGGUAUCACGCUGCUCUCAGCCACCCGGGCUCCACGCGCCUCAAGGAUAACAUGCGCAAUUUUUUUCACAAUCCAAAGUUAUCUAAUGUUAUUGAAGACUUUACCUCAAAAUGCGACACAUGUCAACGACACAAGGCUGUCGGUAGAGGCCACGGCCACACUGCUCCCAAGGAAGCUCCACUCAUCCCCUGGCAACAACUCGCAGUUGAUCUCAUUGGUCCUUGGACACUCAUGGUGGCAGGACAAGAGAUCGAGUUCAGAGCCUUGACAAUCAUUGACCUAGUGACCAACUUGGUCGAAAUUGUGCGCAUUAAGGACAAAACGUGUGCGAACAAAAUACUUCAGUUUGAAAACGCUUGGUUCGCCCGUUACCCGCGCCCUGCAACCGUCAUCCAUGACCAAGGAACCAAUUAA